AUGGAAAGGAGCGGUAGUCACAGAUUGCGUUCGCUAUUGGACGUAAAAGUCGACUCACCCAACCCUAAUUCGUUAGCCGGACUAACCCUAACCGCUGUCCUUGAGAACCACAGACCGCCAGUACAAACUCCGGCUAACCGUACGCUCUUCCACCUCACCCGAGACGACGGCAGUUUCAGACACAACAAGAAAAGUUGGAAGCUUUUCCGAGACAAGAUCCGUCUCGGCCGCGCCGGCGCCGCCUGGGUAUCUAGCAUUCGAACUCCCACCUCCGACGUUCCAAUUGUCAACAAAAAAAACAAUAAAACAAUGAUUUCCCGGCGAAAUUCAGUCCGGCAGGCAACUCCGGAGGAUCGGACACCGGAACCGGGUCAGUCUGAAUCAAAUUCGGGUCCAGCAUUGCACCGGAACCUGAGCCGGACUCCCUCCAUGGCAGCCUCCCCUUCAAUGAUUCAUCAAGGCGGUGUUGCUGAGCAGGUCCGACGAAUAGAGGCAGAAAUGGCGCGAGCGGGCCGUGAGGUAGGGGCAGUGGCGGCGGAGGCAGAGGCAGAGGCAGAGACAGAGACGAAGGCGGUGGCUGAGGAGGAUGGAGAAGAAGAGCCAGUGAGGAUGUCACUGAUGGCGUUGUUGGCGGAUGCAGAUGGAGAAAUGGGGUCGGAUGGGUCCAAAUAUAUGAUGGAUGGUGAUGAUGAGGAAGAAGAGGACGAGGACGAAGCGUACAGCAAUUGCUGUGUGUGCAGAGUGAGGCACAAAGGGGCAUCUUCUCUGGCUUGUGGCCACACAUAUUGCAGGCUGUGCUCAAGGGAGCUUUUUGUUGAGGGCAGUAAUUGCCCUCUCUGUAAUCGGUUCGUCAUGGAGAUUCUUGAUUUCUUCUGA